AUGAACCGUAAACGUCGUCACGCCGGCAAAGGAGCAACCCAGCCAAAGAAGAAGGCACGGCGGGGAAAUAUCAUUUUAGUUGACCCCAGUGGUCCGCCUUCCUCUAGCGCUCAAACGGGCAGAACUGUCUCUGCUUCCAUCAACACUCCCGCUCUCCCCAUCACCCCUGCCGGCCAUGCCGCUCCUGAUGUCCCGGCAGGUUUGUCCGCUGAACAGCACGCAUGGCUUGAAUCUAAUAUCAACCUGGAGGGAAGCACCGCACCUUCAUUUGUGUUAGUCAUGCUCAGAUUCAGACAACGGUUUCACAUUCCGAUUACCUUCGGUGGCGUCUGCAACAAAUAUUACUCCAUGGUGUUUAUGAACUGCGUAAAUGAAACGCCAAGGCAUCAGCGACCGGUCCCCACUGAUAACUAUCACUACCUUCGACUCCAGUACUUUGUGGCCUUUGAAGACCAUGUUACAGUUCCUGGGGAUGAUGAGAUGGAACAAUCAUACGUACGGGACGGAUUUCCAAGCCCAGGUGAAGCGUGCUUCAAUAAACCACCAACGAGAAGAAUGCAUCCGAUUCACCCAAAGUACACAUGCAUCACACAAGUAUUAUGGGAAAACCGCUACACAUGGAAGCAAAUAAUGUGGCUCUUUGGCGUCCAGGAGGAUGAAGCGACGUUCAAAACUAAUGACCGAAUCUGGAAUAUUAACCGUCCGGGAUUCUUGGAAAGAUGGGCCAAGAUUACAUGA